AUGGCGGCAGGUCUCUCAACCACCGUAACAUUCAACCCGCUCCACCGCUCUUUCUCAUCCUCCUCAAGUGUCCGCUUACACCACCCAAGAUCCUUAACCGGACUCCCUUCAUCUCUCCGAUUCAGAGGCUUCUCGGUCUGCUACGUGGUUGAGGAGCAGAGGCAGAGCUCUCCCGUGGACAACGAUGAGAGACUCGAGAGCAGUAACGCCAUAGAUCCCGAGCUCCUAGCGUUGCGGUUGGCUGAGAAGUUGGAGAGGAAGAAGUCCGAGAGGUUCACUUAUCUAAUAGCCGCAGUGAUGUCGAGCUUUGGUAUCACUUCCAUGGCUGUUAUGGCUGUUUACUACAGAUUCUCUUGGCAAAUGGAGGGAGGUGCGAUCCCAAUGUCAGAGAUGUUUGGUACAUUUGCUCUCUCUGUUGGUGCUGCUGUGGGCAUGGAGUUUUGGGCAAGAUGGGCCCAUAGAGCUCUCUGGCACGCUUCUCUUUGGAAUAUGCAUGAGUCACAUCACAAACCAAGAGAAGGCCCCUUUGAGCUGAACGAUGUGUUUGCAAUUAUAAACGCUGUUCCUGCGAUUAGUCUCCUCUCUUAUGGUUUCUUCAAUAAAGGACUCGUUCCUGGUCUCUGCUUUGGCGCCGGACUAGGAAUAACGGUGUUUGGGAUCGCCUACAUGUUUGUCCAUGAUGGUUUGGUGCACAAGCGUUUCCCUGUAGGUCCCAUCGCUGACGUCCCUUAUCUCCGGAAGGUCGCUGCCGCUCACCAGCUACAUCACACUGACAAAUUCGAUGGUGUGCCAUAUGGACUGUUUCUUGGACCAAAGGAAUUGGAAGAAGUUGGAGGAAAUGAAGAGUUAGACAAGGAGAUUAGUCGGAGAAUCAAAUUAUACAAAAAGAGUUCGAGCUCUUGA